UGGUAUAAAUAUGAAUUCAAGCCAGUGGAAAUUCAGUUCGUGUUGAGAAGUACAGACAUCGACAUAAGCAAGCAAAAUGACAUUUUUCAAAACCCUUUUGACAAUCAGUUUGGUCGUUUUAGUCGCAACGACUUUCCAAGUCAACGCCGUUGAAGAUGAAAACGCCGCUGUUGGAUCAGCUGAAACAUCAGUUGAGACACCAUUUGAACCAGUAAAUAGCGAAAGAGUAUCCCUUGAAGAAAGUGUACCACAGCAACAACAAAACCCAGAGGCUGCUCUAGUUCCCGCCGCAAACGAUGUUGCAGCAAGUGAACAACUUGCUCAAAACGCACAACAAGCACCCAUAAUCGGUGCCCAACCUAAUGCAAACAAGAAGGGUGGUAAAAAAACCCCGAAAUCAAAGAAGAAGAAGGGAGCACGAAAACCAAAAUCAGCCCGAAAACAAAAGGCCCAAAAAAAACAGAAAUCCCAAAAGAAAUGAAAAAACUGAAAUGUUAUCUCUGGCAAUUGAUUUGAACUUUAUGAUGGAAAAUUAAAUAAAUAACUUAUCGAAAUUCAGUAGCAAAAAAUAGCACA